UGGGGGCAGUGCGUGCGGAGCUGCGGUGCCGGCAGCGAGAGGCGGCCAGUGCGACUCUGAAGCGCACCCGGAGGCUCCAGCCCGACCGAGUCUGAGAGGCACCGCCCGCGCCCCACCGUCGAGUCCGGGCGCCUUCUUCGCGGCCCAAAGGAGCGAGAUCUGAGCAUCUCUCUCGCGGCCACUUCUCCGGGCCAAGAGCGGGGAAGCCGAGUGCGAGAGACUUCCGAACCCCGACGCAGCCUCUUCCCGCCAUCCGAAUCACCAUGACCCACUUCAACAAGGGCCCUUCCUACGGGCUUUCGGCCGAGGUUAAGAACAAGAUUGCUUCCAAGUAUGAUCACCAGGCGGAAGAGGAUCUUCGCAAUUGGAUAGAAGAGGUGACAGGCAUGAGCAUUGGCACCAACUUCCAGCUGGGCCUAAAGGAUGGCAUCAUACUCUGCGAACUUAUAAACAAGCUACAGCCAGGCUCCGUGAAGAAGGUCAACGAGUCCUCAUUAAAUUGGCCUCAGUUGGAGAAUAUUGGCAACUUUAUUAAAGCUAUUCAGGCAUAUGGUAUGAAGCCACAUGACAUUUUUGAAGCAAAUGAUCUUUUUGAGAAUGGAAACAUGACCCAGGUUCAGACUACACUGGUGGCUUUAGCAGGUCUGGCUAAAACAAAAGGAUUCCAUACAUCCAUUGAUAUUGGAGUUAAGUAUGCAGAAAAACAAACAAGGCGUUUUGAUGAAGGGAAGUUAAAGGCUGGCCAGAGUGUGAUUGGUUUGCAGAUGGGAACCAACAAAUGUGCCAGUCAGGCAGGCAUGACAGCCUAUGGGACUAGGAGGCACCUUUAUGAUCCCAAAAUGCAAACUGACAAACCUUUUGACCAGACCACAAUCAGUCUCCAGAUGGGCACCAACAAAGGAGCCAGUCAGGCGGGGAUGUUAGCACCAGGUACCAGAAGAGACAUCUACGAUCAAAAGCUGACAUUACAGCCAGUGGACAACUCGACAAUUUCUCUACAGAUGGGUACCAACAAAGUUGCUUCCCAGAAAGGCAUGAGUGUGUAUGGGCUUGGGCGGCAAGUGUAUGAUCCCAAAUACUGUGCUGCUCCGACAGAACCUGUCAUUCACAAUGGAAGCCAAGGCACGGGAACAAAUGGUUCAGAAAUCAGUGAUAGUGAUUAUCAGGCAGAAUACCCAGAUGAGUACCAUGGCGAGUAUCAAGAUGACUACCCCAGAGAUUACCAGUAUGGUGACCAAGGCAUUGAUUACUAGAUUCUCGUGGAGGAGUUCAGUAUUUAGUCCAUUGUUUUUAUUCAGUGAGAACCAAGCUAGCCUUGAGUAAUUUUUAUCUUGUCUUCCUAAAACACUAUUAUGCUUAUUGUACCUUUAAAAAUAAAUAAAAAAAAAAAAACAAAAAACUUGCCUUACAUACAUUCCUUUUUCUGCCUCUUCCCUAAAUAGUUGCCUUUUAGUGCUGUAACAGUUAAAUCCUACAGCAUAACCAAUAACUUGCAUAUGAAGUAAAAAGGAAUACUGUGAAAGGGGAGUACUCUUGUACAGCCAGUUCUUUUAUUAAAGAUCUAUACAUUUUUACAAUCUUACUGUAUUUUCAAACAAUAGGGAACCUUUUUUUUUUUUUUUACAGUUUAGUGUAUCUGGUUUCUACAUGGAAGACUUAAGUUCAUGCUUAUUGCUAAAUGUGGUCUUUGCCAACUAAAUCUUCUAAGAUGCAGCAUUUUAGAAAUUUACAUAUCAUUGUUUCUACAGUAUUGUUUGCUAAUUUUUAAAUAAAGUCAUGAUCAGUGUGCAUUUGUGAUUAUAUGUGUACUCAUUCUCUUCCUUAAGCUGACAAGAUCUUUUCAGAGUGGUGUUUCUAAAGGAGCAUGUAAGAAAACGGCCUGCAAACAUUUAGGUCUGGGUGGUGCGGUUGCAAAAUCUUCUUUUGUGCCAAUGUAUCGAUGUAGAGUUGCUCUGUUUUCUCCAACUGUAUUUAUUGCUGCAUUUCUCAGCAUAAACUUAUCCCAUUGUAUUUUUUAUAAAUAAAUAUUUUUUUUGAACAUUCAUAUGAA